AUGAUCCAAACACCUCCGUGAAAUCUAGGGUUUUCAAUUCCAGUCUCAUUUCUCUCGCAUUUUCAGAGCAAUCAUGGGUCACUCUAACGUCUGGAACUCUCACCCCAAAACCUACGGCCCUGGCUCUCGCGCCUGCCGUGUUUGUGGGAACCCCCAUGCCAUCAUCAGGAAGUACGGUCUCAUGUGUUGCAGGCAGUGCUUCCGUAGCAAUGCCAAGGAAAUCGGAUUCAUCAAGUACCGUUGAAGAAUUUUGUAUGGUGUAAAGUAGGAAGGACUUUGUCCCUCUAUGAGCCUUCUGUAGUAUGUUAUUAUUUUUAUUUUUUUGAAUUUGAAAGAACAAGAUGCUGUUUUGUUUUGGUGAAUUACCAAAGUGAUUGUCGAACUAAGAAUACUUUGUGGUUCCUCAAUGAAGUAAUCAUACUGGUUUAAUUUGGUA